GUUUGUUCCGCCCGCGCCUAGGUCUUAUAGUCCCCCUUGCGUCAAGCCCUAGGAUGUUAUAUCCAGUUUCGUGAGUUCGUUCGGGACAAUCGCCUCGCGCACUUGCACUUCGUUGGGAGCAAUCUACAGCUACACUCAUGGCUGCUUUGGAGGGCACAAUGGCGAGGAUGGCAAUUUGCAAGUCGUCAUUCUGGACGGGUAGCUGUGGGGAGUUCGCGUCCCCUGCUGCUGUGAGCCUGGCGCCGAAGCGACGGACUGUUAAGGUGCAAGCUGUGGCGCAGGUGACCACCCCAGUGAAGGCGGACGCUGCCUCCAAGAUUAAGAGUAUUUCCGCGCGGCAGAUUAUUGAUAGCAGGGGAAAUCCGACCGUGGAGGUUGACUUGGUGACAGACCGUUGCUACCGAUCUGCCGUGCCCAGCGGCGCGUCGACGGGUAUUUACGAGGCAUUGGAGCUUAGGGACGGGGAUAAGAAGGUUUUCGGAGGCAAGGGUGUGUUGAAGGCUGUGGAUAAUAUUAACAAUGUAUUGGCGAAGAAGCUUGUGGGGCUUGAUACUCGGAAUCAGAAGGAGAUUGACAGCGUAAUGCUAGAAUUGGAUGGCUCGCCCAACAAGGGUAACCUGGGCGCCAAUGCCAUCUUGGGUUUGUCUUUGAGCGUUUGUCGCGCUGGAGCUGGUGCGAAAGGCGUGCCAUUGUACCGCCAUAUCCAAGAGAUCUCUGGUACUAAGGAGCUAGUCAUGCCUGUACCUGCCCUGAACGUCAUCAAUGGUGGUAGCCACGCUGGUAACAAGCUUGCAAUGCAAGAGUUUAUGAUUCUGCCUGUUGGUGCAUCCUCGUUCAAGGAAGCCAUGCAAAUGGGUUGUGAAGUGUAUCAUGUGCUGAAGGGCAUCAUCAAGAAGAAGUACGGGCAAGAUGCGUGUAAUGUGGGUGAUGAGGGAGGUUUCGCUCCAAAUAUCCAGGACAAUCGGGAGGGACUUAUUCUCCUGGUCGACUCCAUCGAGAAGGCUGGAUACACUGGCAAGGUGAAAAUCGGUAUGGAUGUCGCGGCUUCCGAAUUUUUGACAGCAGACGGGAAAUAUGAUCUUGACUUCAAGGAACAGCCAAAUGAUGGCAGCAAGGUUCUUUCAGGGCAAGCCCUAGGUGAUCUUUACAGGGAAUUUGUACGCGAUUUUCCCAUAGUGUCCAUCGAAGAUCCGUAUGAUCAAGACGACUGGUCUUCAUGGACAGCUCUGACUUCGAGCAUUGAUACCCAAAUCGUUGGCGACGACCUUCUUGUUACUAACCCCAAGAAAAUUUCUGAGGCUAUCUCAAAGCAAGCCUGCAACGCUCUGUUGUUGAAGGUAAAUCAAAUCGGGUCUGUAACGGAGUCCAUUCAAGCUGCCCUGGAUUCCAAGGCAGCCGGUUGGGGUGUUAUGGUCAGCCACCGAAGUGGAGAGACUGAAGACACUUUUAUUGCUGACCUCUCUGUGGGCCUUGCGAGCGGACAGAUCAAAACUGGAGCUCCUUGCCGAAGUGAGCGUCUCGCCAAAUACAACCAGUUGCUGCGGAUAGAGGAGGAGCUCGGCAAUGUCCGUUACGCAGGACAGAGCUUCAGACAACCUCUCUAAAGGAAGGAUAGAACUCUUAGUGACCACGAGUUUGAAGCAAUUCAAUGCUAAUUUUGAGAGGACAAUGUUCACGUAGUCAAAAGUCCCAUCUGGGUACAGCUCGAUUGUUGAAUUGAACGGGCGGAGUAUUGGUGAGGAGUGAAGUUCAUCUUAUCGCUAGGAGUUGUAAUGCUCUGUCAUGUUCUCGAUCAGUUCUUGAUUUAACGGUAUUGUGCCAGUCUUUCAUUGUCAGCUUACUUUAAUUGGGACGGAAAUGCGAGUAAAAUGACUUAAUUUACUUUUUUCCGUUGCACCAGUACGACCUUUCCUGGGAUGAUAUCAGUCAUUUAUUUUAGAUGGCUUUUUCAAACUGUACCAAUAUCGGAAAACUCUAAUUGUAACCAGCUCAUACAUUUGUUCAUCGAC